AUGCGGAGGGGCACGGAAAGGGAGCCGUGGGUGCGGGCUGCAGCUAACUCGAGUCGGGAAAAUGCGACAGCGACUGCCCACUCGAGGUCGUCAUGGCGACAGCCAGUGAACGUGUUCCUCUCCUCAGGCAGGCCCCCGAGUGUAGAGGAGCUGCUUCGAGAGGCGCAGCUUAAUCUCCAGAGCCUGUUGCAAGAAGAAUAUGAGGAGCAGUACUCGGAGGCCAGACUGCUGGGGCAGACCUUCCGCUCUGCUGAUGAGGCCCCUGAGCCCACUCCCAGCCCAAGGCCCCAGUCUGCCAGGCGUCUGGAGUUUGUAUUGAUGCCUACAAAACAGCAGCUGAGCGAGGAUGAGACUACCACCCAGGGUGUGAGGGCCCCUGAGGCCUCCCUGAGCCUGUCUACCACAGCCGACAAGCAAGUUGCCUGGAAUACCCCCUUCCCUCUGCCCAUCCUAGAGGAGAAGCGGUGGCUUCAGCCUUGCUCCACGCACUCUGACAUUGUGCCCAUCAACAUCUCUGGGCAGCAGUUCGAUAAACAUGCAAGUUUGCGACACUCCUUGUUUAACACAGAGACAGCCGUGAACCCCAAGUCCACCCUGAGGCGGAGGCGGACCAUUAUUGGAUUCUCUAACUUUUCACAGCAAGACCAAGGUCUCAGCAACAGCCCCACAGGCAGGUUGGCUUGCUCUACCAGCUCAGACAUCAAGCCCAGUCAUUCUGUUCCAGAAGGUGUUCAUGGAAGAGUUGCCGUUGGUGAAGAAGCUCAUUUCCCAAAUCUCACCUCACCAGUACUGAGAAAGCCUUCUAGUGAUCCCGACGAACCUCUCCAGGUGCGUGGUGGCACCAAGCCUCCUGGCAUGGAAAGCAUGGGAAUGGUGUAUAGCGUCUCCAGUUCUUGCAAUGGACCAACAGAAUCUACAUUCUCUGCUUUGUGGAAAGGAGAUGCUUUCACCUAUAUGACUCCAAGUGCCACCAGUCAGAGCAAUCAAGUCAAUGAAAAUGGAAAAAAUCCUUCUUCUGGGAAUUCAUGGGUCUCUCUGCACACACUGCCACCUCUGGUUCCUAAGGAGGCUGCUGCACUCUUUGUCACUCGUGAUAACCCAGCAGGAUGCAGUGGAUCAGCUGGCUACUCUGAACACCCUACACAACAAAGGCAAGUAUCAGAGCGACCCUUCAAGAUUGGCCUUCUGACUGGUGGCACCUCAAGGCUGGAUACAGGCCCAGGUGGGGCCAGCAGGUUCCGGGAGCGGUCACUGUCUGUACCUACAGAUUCAGGCACCACAGAUGUGAACUACGAUGAGGAGCAGAAGUCCAAUGAAGCCUGUGCCCUGCCUUAUGCCAGUACAAGUUCUGAGGGCAGUAACAGUGCUGACAACAUUGCCUCCAUUAGUUCCCAGCAAGAUGCCCACCACAGAAGGCAGAGAUCCAGGAGUAUCUCACUCAAGAAGGCCAAAAAGAAGCCUUCCCCACCAAUGCGCAGUGUCUCACUGGUCAAAGAUGAACCAGUCCUCUUGCCAGAAGGUGGGUCAGCACUAUCCAAGGACCAGAGGCCCAGGAGCCUUUGCCUCUCCUUGGAACACCAAGGACAUCAUUCAUCCCAGGGUCACCCAGCUGUGCCCACCUUCAAAGACCCAGAAGAUACACAAUUCUCCCACCACUGGUAUCUUACUGACUGGAAGUCUGGUGACACCUACCAGUCCUUGUCCAGCUCCAGCACUGCCACUGGCACCACAGUCAUUGAGUGUACCCAAGUUCAGGGCAGCUCAGAGUCUCUUGCCUCCCCUUCCAUCUCCAGAGCUACUACGCCUUCCCAACUCUCCAUUGAGGUAGAGGCUAGGGAGGUACCCUCUCCAGGAAGGCCCACUGGGCUGAUGUCACCCUCCAGUGGAUACUCCAGCCAGUCGGAGACACCAACACCCACUGUCUCCAUGUCCUUGACCCUGGGCCACUUGCCUCCUCCAAGUGGCAGUGUCCGGGUACGUCCAGUGGUACCCGAGAGGAAGUCAUCACUGCCCCCAACAUCACCAAUGGAGAAAAUUUCAAAGUCACGAUUAUCGUUUGACCUACCAUUGACCUCUUCUACCUACCUGGAUCUGUCUGGGAUGAGUAUCUCCAUACGAAGCAAAACCAAGGUGAGCCGGCAUCACUCAGAUACCAAUUUUGGGGCCAAGUUGGUCCAGAAAACUAGCCCCAACCAGCCAAUCAUGCCCAUGGUUACUCAGUCUGAUCUACGUUCUGUCCGCCUCAGGUCAGUAAGCAAGUCUGAGCCAGAAGAUGACAUUGAGAGCCCUGACUAUGCUGAGGAGUCGGGAGAAGUCUUCACCUUGCUAGAGAGAAAGAUGAAACCUCCCAUAGCUGAGAAACCCCCACUGGCUCGAAGGCCUCCAAGCUUGGUCCACAAACCACAAUCUGUCCCCGAGGAGUACCCACUAACUUCGCCGACAUUGGCUAUGACCCCUAAGAGCUCAAUUCAAUACAUGAGGCCAUUCCCUCCAGACAUCUACACGGUGGUGAGGAAACCAAAGUCCUCCAGCUUCCCUGAGGCCAGAAGCCGAGGGGAGUCAACAGCACCCUCAGCUCUUGUUUUUACACCUUUUGCCAGUUCCUCUGGUGCUUUCUGCUCAGAAAACCAGCAACCUCCCCAGGGAAGUACAGAGGAUGAGGGCUCUAAGGUGAGAGCCCUGCCUGAAAGAAUUAGCCUCCAGAGCCAGGAACAAGCUGAGAAGAAGAAAAGCAAGAUUCCACCUCCUGUACCAAAAAAGCCCAGCGUGUUAUACCUGCCUCUCACUUCACCCACAGCUCAAAUGGAGGCCUAUGUGGCUGAACCAAGGCUGCCUGUCAGCCCCAUCAUCACCCUGGAAGAAGAUGCCAAGUGUCCCCCAACUGGCGACCACCUGCAAUCACCUGGUACAACAAGGACGACUACCACCCCACAGGCUGAUGAUGGAAGGGAGGCAAGCCCUCCAGGGAGUAUUAUGGAACCAAGUACUGAAGAAAAAAGUGUUAUCAGUGAUAAAACAGCUGAAUGGAUUGCAGAAGAAGAUGAUGAUGUGUUUGUGGCUUCACGUACAACUGAAGAUUUAUUUACUGUGAUACACAGGUCCAAAAGAAAGCUGCUUGGCUGGAAGGAGCCCGGUGAGGCCUUUGCCGGAGGCAGCAGACCAAGCUCCCACUCACCAAUAAGGAACACAGCUGAUUCUCCAAUUAGUGAGUCAGCUGCCUCUGCAGGGUCAAGCGGCAGUAUCAGCCUAGAUGCUGGCAGAAACGAUGAUUUCAAGGCCUUGCUACAAAAGAAGGGCAGUAAGGCAACUCCAAGGUCCCGCCCCUCAGCAGCGGAACUGCUGAAGACCACUAAUCCACUUGCUCGGAGAAUUAUUGCACAGUUUUCAAAAGACUAUGACACCACCGAUAGUCCCAGUACCUAAGCCCUGGGUUGAGCAAGUAGGGAUCAGUUACUAAACUUGAGUAUAAAAAGGGGAAGAGGAAGGGUUCUAAAAAGAAACCAUGGAAAUAACAAAAAAGCCUACAUUUCUUUUACUUAAACUCACACUCCGGACAGCAGGAGAGAGACCACUUUAUCUAGAAAUCAUCAGGCACUUUAAUCAUAUGCAGACAUUUUAUGUUUUCAUACUUAAAAUCUUGCCAUUAUUGACUACAGAUUUUCUUCUUAUUUUCUGCCCGUGGUGUGCACCAAGAAGAAAUUCUCAGAUGCAAGGGCACACAUGCAUGUUUUCAAUGAAUGACCAGCUGCUCCAUCCCUGGCUCCUAUUACUAAGGAGAACAGUGUAAGAGCAGAUUGGAGGCUAUCAAACCUGGGGAAAUAGGGAGCCGUUGCUGAUUAUUCACUUCCUUGGUGAGGCCUUAAUGACUUGUGUGGAGAAACAGAAAGACUCUGAUGCCUCUUCAAUCAUAGUUUAACUCUCUCCCACUGGGUUUGCAGGUGUGCACUUAUUUUGGCAUGAGUUGAUUGGAUGGCUUUUGUGCAAAAUAUGAAUGUUACUUGGCCCUGAACUUCAUGCCUUUUUUAGUUUGAUUGUCUACACGGUGAUCAGGGUGAUGAGUUUCGAUAACAUACAGACCCUUCCCCCACACACACCCCUUAGCUAGAAGAGGUCAGAACCUGGUUACUUUGAAUGAACCAAGCUCAGCCAACAAACAAGGCAGCCAUUUGUCCACCCUGAUCUAUCUGAGGUAACUUGCACGCAUGCUUUCAGAACCUUCUAUGGGUCUGAAGCUAAACAAUGAUAGCUAAAAUCUGUGCCCAGCUUAUGCUGCAUUCAAAGAACUCUCAUUUCAUUGGCAUAUAACAUUCACUACAGUAAGUAAUUAGCUGAACUAAUGGCAUCACCAAAGGCUCAAGGAGUAGAGAAAGUAAGUGUAACUUGCCCACCACCGUUCAAUUCAGAUUGUGGUUUGUGGUUGGUUGGUUUUGUUUAAAGGAAGUCUUACUAUGGUCCAGAACUGAGAAUGUAUAAACUAAAAGGAUAUAUCCAGAAUCUAAAAGGCAGCCUUGCAAGUUGCUUUGGCCCAUAAUACAAAAAAGGCCUAAUUAGUUAACCAUGUGGGGAGAGAGGGUAAGAGCUGGGUAAAUAGGAUGCUGAUGGAGCCCCAGAACAAUCAUUGUGACUCCUCCUGACCCCCCCCCCCACCCAAGCUAAUAUGCACUAACUCUUCUUGUCAGCUCAAUUUUCUAAGCAAAACCAGAGCAGUGAUUCAUUUGAUUUUCAUAUGUCUGGUUUCUGGGAGGUUGGGGGAAAAACAGACCAAGAUUGAACAAAGAAAACUGGUUGAGCAAUAAUGGAGAGGUAACUGUCCACUGUCCAAGGAGGGGAAAAGAAGUCAAAUGAAAUAGUAGUCUGUCUCACAAAGAGGGUUCCCUUACCCUUUACUUCUUCACGCCCCACCCCCAACAGAUUCAUUGGUCAACCUCCUAGAGGAUGCAGAAACUGCCCCAGAGACAAGCAGAUCUUGAUUUUGAUAGAUCGUGUUGCUCACCAAUAAGAAGCAAACUCUUAGCACAACUGCCCACACUCCAGAGAACAGAGCAGCUGAAAAACCACACUGUGUGCUGAAAAGACUUAAGCCUCUCACACAGAAGCCCUGGGCCUAGGCACUUGGUUGGUACAGUUCUGAAUUCUAGACUUCUGAGUACAGGCCAGACCCACCCACUCCCUUGAAAUCAGCACUUUCCCCUGAUUUAUACCAAAGCCACUUAAUAUAAUAAACAACAAAAUCCCAGCUGCUUUGUAAAGAAUUCAAACUAUUUGGUUUGUAGUAUGGAUGUUGAUGAUAGAGAGCAAGUCAUUCUCAACAUAA